AUGGAUAAGUUAAAGCAAAAAGUGCAGAGCCGUCGCGCUCAACUAGACAAAAAAAUUGCCAAAGGAAGGGUAAUUUGUGACAAACCGGAACUUUCAGAUACAGAGGCAGACUUGUUAGAGGCGACAAUCGAAAUUGUGACCACUAUACUCGAAGUGAUUGAAGGAAUACACGAGAAGAUAUUGGACAAACUGCUCGGCACCGAGGACUAUGGUACUGUAUUCGAAGAGUCUGAUGAUUAUGUGAUUCGAAUAAACGAGGACAUUAAAGAGACGAACGUGGAUACUUCACUGAGUGUUGCCUCCGGCGCAGCCGUAAGUACAACAUCAUUUACGUCGCAUAAACCAAAAACUGUCAAUUUGCCGAAAUUACAACUGAUCACGUUCGAAGGGGACAUUCUACGAUGGCAAAGCUUCAUAAAUUCGUUUGAAGCUGCCAUUGACAAGAAUUCAGCAUUGGAGAAUAUCCAGAAGUUCCAAUGUCUCCGUGCCCAGCUGAAGGGUGAGGCGGCUCUCGUUAUCGAGGGGCUUCCCCUGACUAGUGACAAUUACACCAACGCCAUGGAGAUUUUGAAGGAAAGGUAUGGACAACAGCACAAGUUACGCAACGCCUACAUGAAAGCCUUAUGGUCUCUGCCGUCACCAACGGAGACCAUUUCAUCUCUACAGACCUUCCACGACAAUGUCGAGACCACGACAAUGUCGGGGACUGCAGGCUAUCGGACGCCCAGAAUCAACAUACGGGGAACUCCUGAUUCCCAUCAUUACCGAGAAACUACCCGAGGAACUUCUGAGGAAUAUUUCUAG